AUGCUCACUGAUAUAAUCAAUGAACACAAGCUGAGAAGAGAAACCACAGAGUCUGGCAAUGGUAAACUAGAGGAGGAAGAUCUAGUUGAUGAUAUGUUUACUGCAGGCGGUGAUACUUCAUCGACAACCAUGGAAUGGGCUAUGUCAGAACUGAUAAAAAACGCAAAAAUGAUGGAUACACAAGCUGUAGUAAGGAAUGUCCUCAAAGGUAAGAAGAAAAUAGAAGAGAAAGACAUAAAAGAAGUCAAUUACUUGAAAUUAGUUAUCAAAGAAACUCUGAGGUUCCAUCCUCCUGCUCCUUUACUACUGCCAAGAGAAGCAAGGGAAAGAUGCGAAAUAGAAGGAUACGAAAUAGCUAUCAAGACUAGAUGCAUCGUUAACGCAUGAGCAAUAGGAAGAGUUCCAGAAUACUGGAAUAAUCCUGGGCGCUUUGAACCAGCAAGGUUUCAUAAUUCUUCCAUCAAUUUCAAAGGGGCAAACUUUGAGUUCAUCCCAUUCGGAGCUGGUUGGAGGAUGUGUCCAGGCAUCUCCUUCGGUAUUGCAAAUAUCGAACUUCCACUUGCCUUGUUUUUGUAUCAAUUCAAUUGGAAACUGCCAAAUGGGCUUAGACCUGAACAACUUGACAUGAGAGAGUCCUUCGGAGUAAAUGUUAGGAGGAAGAAUGGCUUGCACUUAAUAGCCACACCUUAUGUUCCUUUUGCUCCUUUGUCAAAGUGCAUUCAGCAAAAACAGAAAUGCACCUGGAAGAGAACUUCCUGGUGUCCAACCAGCUGAAAAACUUGAAGCACCUCUAAUGAUUAUAGUCAC